CUUGGCAAGACAGACAUAAAUUGACAAUGGAUCCCUCACCGACCUUCUUGGCCUGUUCAGCUCCCCCAGCAAAAAGGAUAACAGUCAAUACAAACCAAUCAUCACCUUAACAGUCGUCCUCAUGGAGAAACUACUCAAUAAAGUCUUAUACGGAUCAUCCAGCCCCCAAGGCUCCUCUUCCAAUGGUUCCCAAGUAUUCACCAUCCGUCCACACCCCCAAGAUGACAACCUUCUCUUCAUCCUCCCCUCCAACGCACCAAAAGAAUCUCCUCCCCUGUACACAAUCUACAAACGUCCCAGCAGCUCAACCCUCCUAAUGCACCGCGGCCCAGCCGCCCCCGAAAACAUAAUAGCAUCAGCGACAAUGCAUCUCAGCACAUCACGCAUCGACGUGUCGGUGUUUAACCAACCAAUGGUGAUCAAGAACAGCAGCAUGACAGGGAGUUGGGGGUUUCAUACACACAUGGGCAAGUUCAAGUGGAAGGUUAAUCAGAUGACUGGCACGGGGUUCGAGUUGUAUGAUCAGAAUGGGAGUAAGGUGGCCAAGUAUGGGAGUGCGGGCUGGACGAGGUUUGGGGAGAAGGAGGUUAGUGUUUAUGUGCAGGGGGAUGAGUUCUUUGUGGUUAUGGUGUUGUUUUCGGCGGUGGUGUCGAAGGAGUUGAAGAAGAUCAUUGAUGAGGUUGUUGGGGAGGUUGCGGGUGCGGUGGCGGGUGCAUAGGCCUAGUACAUGAGUUGAUGAAGAUUGAUGCAGAUAAGCAUGGCGUUUGGGUCAAGCCAACACAGGAUUAGUGAUAUCAAUGCGAUCGGUUUGUUUUGACAUGUCCUCGUGUAAGCGACAGCCUGAGCCUUGAAAGGAAACCUGCCAAUGCCAUCGGCUCUCAUGUCGACGCACUCUUCAAACUCCGAAUAAACCUCGCCGGAACUCCUCCCACCAACGUCUCCGCCUCAACAUCCUUGAUAACAACCGCCCCUGCCGCAACAGUCGCUCCUCUCCCUAUAGUAACACCCGGUAAGAUCGUAGCUCGAGCCCCUAUCCAACAAUCCGCCUCUAAACGAAUCGGCAGCGCAAACGAUGUACCCUGCGCUUCUCUUCUGCUGUGCAUAUCCGCGGCGUGAGUACCUGGACAGAUACAAACUCCGGGACCUAUGAGUACACCGUCUCCUAUAGUAACAAGGGCGUUGUCGUG